AUGGACCCUGACUCCGAGUAUUUGACCGCCUUUCGCACCCGUUUCGGAACUUUCCGCUGGAAAGUCCUCCCGUUCGGUCUGAAGGUAGGUCCCGCCUGGUUCCAGCAGUUUAUCAACGCGCAGCUUCACGAUCUCCUCGACCGAACCCUGAACCGGUUGCUUAAGAAGGAUGUUGCCUUUGUGAUGGGCCCGGAGCAACGCGAAGCAUUUGAUCAACUCAAGCGCCUGGCUAUCGAAGCCCCGGUCCUCGCCUUCUUUAGACCAGAACUGCCGACCCGACUGGAGACCGAUGCCUCCCGGAAUGCCACAGCUGGUGUUCUAUGGCAGGAACAGCCUGAUCAGACCUGGAAGCCCGUUGGAUUCUUCUCUAAGACCAUGACCCCGGCCGAGCGAGCCUACCCAAUCCAAGAUCGAGAGCUCCUCGCCGUCGUACAGAGUCUAGAGCACUUCUACCCAGAGCUCUUAGGCCAGAAGUUCGAUGUGAUCACCGAUCACGAAGCCUUAGUCCAUUUCUCUACGAAGCGCCUGCUCUCGGUACGACAGAUCAGAUGGUCCGACUUUCUCGCCCAGUUCGACAUCCAGCAAGGUGAUCAAGCUGCUCCAACGAGACUUCUACUGGCCAAGGAUGAAGGAGGAUAUCCGUCGUUAUAUUCGGAACUGCCACGACUGCCGCCGCAACAAAACCCUCGAGACAAGACCCUGGACUGCUCCAUCCACUGCCCGUACCGACCUCUGUUUGGGAGCACGUCGAAUGUGACGGGAAGGAUAUGCCGAAAGACCGUUACGGAUAUGACUAUGUUUGGACCUUCGUCUGCAAGCUAA